UUAGGCAACACAUAAUACACAUCUGAUUAUUUAAUGUAGUCUGGAGGAACCUUGCGAGAGGUCAAUUUCUUCAAUUAUCCUGUUGUAAGCCACUUUGUUUGAAUACACAAGAAUGCGAACUCCGCUAAACUUGCCCCAAACUGACAGGUGACACUGGUGACAUUUGAGGUUAUGUCGAAAUAUACCCUGCCAAUUUAAAUAAUUUUUUUCAACAUUUAGACCCUUGAAAAAUGUCGACCCCCUCACACUCCAAUGCAAUCAACAAGAACAUUCAAACCUGCACCGACUGUCCAUCUGGACCCCCAGCCCUCUGUCCAAAAAACAACAUCUCGUCGCUGUUCUUCUCCUGCGAAAACCCCCUCGAAGUGUUCACCUGCACGGCGUGCGACUUCGGCACAAACGUGAAACUCCUCCUGAAGAAACAUUUCCAGAUCUGCCACACCGCAAUUUCAGAAAACAUCGAACUCCUGUCGGUUUUAAAGUACUCUUUACGGACCUACGUUUGCAAGAACUGCAGCUUCGAAACGCACUUCUCGUUGCAGUGGCUCAAGCACGUAAUCAACUGUUUCGAAAACCCCGAAGAGGUGCACCCCACCACGCACACCCUCUACAAAAACAAACCCCUGUUAAAGUGCGAACAUUGCUCGUACGUCACCAAGUACCGCAACAACUUCAAAAUCCACCAAAUCCGCAAACACACCCCCGAUAAAGACAUCAAAUGGUUUCAAUGUGACCGCUGCCCGUACAAAGGCAAGACGAAAACGGUGUUCGAAAAUCACAGACUCAUGCACUUGAACAUGCCUUUGUUUGAGUGUAAUUACUGCUCGACGUGGUUCAAGUCCAAACACCAGUUGUACUAUCAUAGGAGGUCGGUGCAUGAGGACGCCAAAUUCAAGUGUAGUGAGUGCACUUUUGCCACUGCUACUAAGUACACUUUAUCUAAACACGUCAAGUGGCACCACGGCGCUCCGGAAGAAAUCGACUGGUUCAAAUGUGAGCACUGUUCCUACAAGAGUAAACAAAAAUCGGGAUUGGAAGCCCACAAGACAGCUAAACAUAAGCGCGCGGAUGAGAUAAACUGGCUCAAGUGCAACCACUGCGAAUUUAAAGCUAAGACUAAAUCGGUUUUGAGGAACCAUGUGGUUCGAAGACACACUAAUGAAGAGGAUUUCAGGUGGUUUGAGUGUGACCGGUGUCCGUAUAAAGGGCGGCAGAAGUCUCAUUUGGAGUAUCACAUAAUGUCGAAGCACGCAAGGGCUGCGAUUCAGUGGCACGAGUGUGAGAAGUGCCCCUACAAAGCUAAAAGGAAGUGGAUAUUGAGGUCGCACGUCAUGCGAGUGCACACGGACGUGAAAGACAUCAACUGGUUUAAUUGUGAGCAAUGCGAGUACAAAAGUAAGGAGAAAAGUCACUUGAAAAGGCACCAGAAGAGGAUCCAUGUGGAUCGAGCUCUGGUCGACUAGCUGGUUUCAGUUUCAGUAUUCUUAUUAGGUUUAUGUUAUUGUUUUGGUGCAAUUAGGAAGUUUUUAAUGUGUUGUUUGGUUUUAUAUUUAAUAAAUUUGUUGUUUUUCAA